AUGGCGGAACUGUACAAUCAACUUAGUAUUAAGUCGAAUAUUAAGUAAAAUAGCUUUGUGUAGCCGUUGUUCUACACCGAAAUUCAGGAUCCCGAAAGACCGUUUUAUCAGAAUGUUGUCACAAGGGAGGAUCUCAGAAGUAUGGUGUGUGUUACCAGCUUUGUUUGCGGUGUCUGUGUGUUUCAGUGAUACGGAGGCUGGGCCGGGACCUGCCGCUAUACAGUUGAAUGGUGACCGUUUUAAAAUCGAAGGCCGUGCGAUCGUGCCCAAUAUGAAAGCACAAGACUGGAUUUCUACAGCUCGUGUUUUAGUGGAAGGAGAAGAGCACGUAGGAUUUUUAAGAAGGGAUGGUAGUUUUGCCGUGAAUGAUGUUCCCCCGGGAUCAUAUGUGGUGGAAAUCGUAUCACCAGCGUUUAGAUUUGAACCUGUUCGCGUGGACAUCGCGUCUAAAGGGAAAGUGAGGGCCCGUGCAGUGAAGUACAUGAAGUCGUCAGAGGUGAUCCGGCAGCCGUACCCACUGCAGAUGAGGUCGUGCGGCCCUCGCUCUUACUUUGUAAAGAGGGAGACCUGGGGCUGGACUGAUUUCUUCAUGAACCCUAUGGUUAUGAUGAUGGUACUUCCCUUGCUGAUUAUUGUCCUCCUGCCAAAAGUCAUCAACACUAACGACCCCGAGAUGAGAAAGGAGAUGGAGCAGUCUAUGAACAUGCUGAACCCGAACCAUGAGCUGCCAGAUGUGUCAGAGUUCAUGACCAAACUCUUCUCCAAGAGCUCAGGAAAGUCGGGGGGGAGCGGGAAGGGCAGCAAGGCUGGCCUGCUGAAGCGAAGGUAGUGUCUGACUGAUGAUGGGUCGCUGCUUUCUGGGGGGUUCCCAGUCGCAGUGGGCCUUGCCAUAUGUUUUAUAGCUCAUUUCAAAAGUUUCUACCUGCCUGUUUUUUUCUUCAUCCUCUGCUAGAAUACUCAGGUUAAAUAGAGGAAAAGCAGAAAAGGCUGGGAAAAAAAACUUUUUUGCAUCACCACUUCAAAUCUGAAGCAUUGUGAUUGGCUGGAUUUUGUUUUUAUGUCCAAUCUAAUUUGUCCAUCACGUUGGAGACUGGCAAAAAUGAUCAAGCCAUAGGGCUGCUACUGUACAGUUCCUUCAUUAUAUAAUAAUGUACUUCGUCAAAGUUUUUUGAGCUGGAGGAUAUAAUUUAGUAAUGGGUUUGUGACUCAUGUGGUAGCAGUUGAUGUGUAUUUUUUUAAUGCAGUCUGGAAUUGAUUGGACUUUAU